AUGGCCUCUAACACCCCUACAUCUGUUGAAGCUCGGUCCCAAGUCUUCCAGACUGAGUUUGAAGAAAUUUGCCAAGAAAUCCAGGGCUCGGUCUUACCCAACAUCGUCACACCUUGGACUAAUGACGAUGGCACCGCCACCGACUCCUGCGUCCUCGGCCCCUCUGUAGAUGGCGGGAUGCCAAAGAGGCUGGUGGCUCAUCUGAAAAACAAUUUGGUGGACCUCUCGGCCUUUGAUGGGGGGGACUUCCAAGAUUGGAACGUUGCCAGACCGCAACAUGGCAUAAAAUACUCAAAACACUCAAUAGGGCAUAAAACAACCUCACGUAGUCAUCUUUCCCUUCCCACUCCAAGGUCACAUGAAGCCCUUGCUAUGCUUAGCCGAGCUUCUCUGCCAUGCAGGCCUUCAUGUCACCUAUGUCAACACUCACCACAACCACCAGCGCUUGGCCAACCGCCAAGCCCUCUCGACUCAUUUCCCCACCCUCCAUUUCGAGUCCAUCAGCGAUGGCCUCCCCGAGGACGACCCCCGUACCCGAGUAGCCAGUUGUUGAUUGCGUUGAAGACGUCCAUUAGGCCUCAUUUCCGGGAGCUGCUCAAAACCAUUUCACUUAAGGCCGAAUCGAAUGAUGCUCUGGUGCCGCCUCCGAGCUGUAUCGUGACAGAUGGGCUCGUGACUUUUGCGUUUGAUGUGGCGGAGGAGCUGGGGCUGCCCAUUCUAAGUUAUAACGUUCCUUGUCCUCGUUACCUGUGGACUUGUCUUUGUCUCCCCGAGCUCAUUGAGAAUGGCCAGCUUCCUUUUCAAGGCAAGAAUGAUGACAUGAAUGUGGAAAUUACGGGAGUGCCCGGAAUGGAAGGCCUUUUGCAUCGCCAAGACUUGCCAGGUUUUGUCGAGUCAAACAAGCUGACCACCCAUCUCUUCAAUUCGCUAUCAACGAGACCGAAACCCUAA